ACAGGUUUGUCUUCCAUUUUCAAAAGCAGAUCUUCUGAACAGAAAAGAUGCCAACCUGGAGUCAAAAAGAUUUUCAAAUCUUUAUCUAGAGAUUCAAGAACAAAAUCAAAGCUUUUGUCAGAGGCUGCCCCCACUUACUUGUUUUCUACAUGGCAGGGUGGGCCUGCUCUAGUCGUGUGAAGUCUGUUCUUCAGUAUUUUAAACUCCAUGUUUGAGGAGGAUGAAUUCCCAAACUCUCAGGAUGGGCACCUCAGACUAAACAUGUCCACCUGUUAACUACUCUCUACCUCCAGUGCCAACUCAGUUCCCAAGUAAGUGCCAGGAUUGUCCUCGACUUUCCCUCCCCUCUCUCCUGUUUCUUCUCCUGAAGUUCAUUCAUUCAUCAGGCCUUGAGAGCUGGUGGGAAGGAUACUCUGGAAAGAACACUGAAUAUUCAGAAGGAAAGAGACGGGUUGAAUAGUAUCCGGUUCUUGGGCGGCAGGAGUGGGUAGCUUCAAAUAGAGUUGUACUUGGCCUUAUUGAAGAGGAAGAAAAGCACCUCCGCUGAACAUGUGAGCAGAUAAGAGGCUUGCAUAUAUAGGGAGAAAGCUGAGAGAUGAUCAGUCUGAUAAUCUGGCAGCUUUUAUUUUCCUGUAAUGUAGGUCAUCUUCUGAGAAGAAGAGGGGAUGUGGAAGAGUCAGAGAUUUGCUAAGUAUGGAGAAAGAGUGAGAAAAUUAGUUUCAGCGAAUGUGAAAGAGGAGUGCUCUGAAACGAGUACCAGGACUCCUAGCUGCAUUAAAGCAUUUUCAGAUUAGAGAUAAUGAAUUUAUAAUCCAGCAAAUCUGACCUGUUGUAAACACACUUGGCUUCUCAGAUAUUGACAGGGAGAAACAGGUAAUUAAUACCAAACACAGGAAAAUGAUUUUGUUGAACAAGUGAGACAAAAAAAAAAUUUCAAGGGAGUUAGUGUUUUGGCAGAAGUGAAACAUUACGGAAUCAAGGUGGGCAUGAAGAAAAGUGAAGGAAGACGCAGUUUGAUAGGUUAGAUUGAAGACAGGACUGGGGAUACCGAUAAGAUAAAAGCAUUUUCAUGUUGGAAGAAGACAAACGAGCAAACUAGAAAUGUAAGGGUGUUUGUAGAGGUCAGGAAGUCUUACUAAGACAUUUUCUGGGGCGAGUGCCUUGUAGGGGGAAGUAAUUUGAUUGAUUGAUUGAUUGAUUUAAUGGAGGUACUGAGGUUGAACCCAGAACCUCGUGCAUGCUAAGCACGCAGUUUACCACUGAGCUAUAUCCUCCCCUCUAACAAGACAUUUUCAGAUGAAACAUUUAAGGUAUGACAAGGACAAAAGUGUUCCGAUGGGAGGGGUUGGCUGAGGCAGAGUGCAACAGUCACUUAGAGAUGGCGAGGCAGAGAAAUCAAGUGGCCAGCAUGUAAGAGGAUGGUGCAUGUGGACGCUGAUGGAUCGGAGGGCUGUGGUUCAUCGCUGCGAAUUAUGAGGUACCUGGGAGGACAUCAGCGACAAUGAGAAGAGGGAAAAUGAACUUUAGUGAGACUCAAACACGCGGGAGAGGCUUGAGGAAGAUGAUAGAAGUACCAUGAUUCUCAGUUAUCAGUACAUUGAUAUUACACAGAAACACGGAAAGAUAUCAAGGUUGAGCUGAAGCAAUCCAAGUCUUUUCAGGAAAAAUGCUAAAGAAUAAGCAAAACAAAGGUACUGCAAACAAACAAGAGGUCAUCUACACAGAACCGAAAUUUUCCAGAUCUCCACAGAAGCGAAAAACACCUGAGACAAACCAGAGCAAUGUAAUAUCGGGUGAACAGCAAGUAAACUACAUGGAACUGAAAUUUCCCAGAUCUUCUCACCAUCAGCACAGAGAAAGGUUGUUUAGGAAAAAAAGAAAAGACCACCAAUCUAGAGCAUGGCAAGUGACAGCUGGGAGUCUAGGGGUCUUGUGUGUGGUCUUGAUGGCGACAUUUGGGAUCCUGCUUGCAAAUAAACUAAUUACUACCAUGAUUUUUGCCGUAGAAUUUUUUCGCAGAGAAGACGAAAAUGGGAAAAUCUCACCUAUUCCCACUCUAUCUUCUCCAAAUGGUGAAUGUUCCUGUGAUCUUUGUUCAACCCACUGGAUUGGAUUUGGAAACAGUUUUUAUCAUCUUUACAAUACACCCAAAAGCUGGGCAGACAGCCAUGCUGCCUGUGCAGAGCUGAAUGCCCACCUUCUAAAGAUAGAUACCGAUGAAGAGCUGGAAAUUCUGUCAAUGUUUCAAAUGAGAGGAUGGGUAGGUCUCAAAAUCAAUAAAACCGGUAUGUCCUGGUUAUGGGAAGAUGGCACCAAAGUAGUCGAAAGCCUAUUAAAAUUUCUGAAAAUGGAGAACCAUAGUUGUGCAUAUGCAGAAGGAAAUUAUGUUUUUAGUAAUAACUGUUCAUCUGAGAAGAGUUAUAUCUGUAGCAUGCAUUGUUGCCUUUCACACUGAUAAACAUUGUCUCAUGUCUAACAAAGGAAAGGCACAAAGAUCCUUCAGCCUACAUGGAGUAUGGAGUAAGCCCCCGUUUGGAACUUUGUAAUACUCCUUAUACAAACAGUCCUCCUUACACAAGGGAACUGUGAAAGGUAGGGAGGAAGGAGAUGAUAUGCAGAGUCGCUGUCUGUGUAGCUGUAGCUGAUUAUGAGGCCAAACUUGAUCAUUAUAAUGUCCUUCUUAAUUACUUACUCCAUGUCUAUUUUUGCUAUUUGGGUUUGUUAACUGGUAACAUGACCCAAAGCUUUAUUGCCCCUGUAUCCAAAACCCUAUCUCCGUAGUAUUACAGGUGUUACUCAUUGAAUAUUAUCACUGAAGACGUGGAUCCUGGAAAGCUCCCGAAUGAAUCACCAGUGUUCCAAGCAUAGCUCUCUUUAUCCUCAACAACCUAAUAUUACCAUGAAAACUGCUAUCAGUAACUCUACCCUCUAUAGCAAGUCUCUGCUUCCUUGUCCAGUGGAAUGGGGUUCAAAAGGCUAGAGAAAAGCCACAAGAUGAUCAUCUUGUCCAUUUGUUUAUUGAGAAUUUCAUUUGCAGUAGAUUCACUCUAUUGCUAAUUGGGGCAGUAUGCAAAUAUCUUCACAUUCUUUUCUUACUCUAAUUAAUUUGUGUCAUUCUGCCAAGACUCUGAUCAACUUGAAAUCCACUCGUCACAGUGAAAAACAGAUGGACGGUGUGGAGUAUUGACCACUGGAUUGUCCUUGUUUCACCAUUUUCUUACAAGGAAAAUGCUAAGUGGAAUUUUAAUACAGCAGCUGUCCAUUUGGAGCUAGU